AUGGUGGAUGCACGCCGUGAACUUCAAAGCUGCGAUAGCAGCACUGUGCCUCCGCUACUAACGGACGGAGGCACAGCGGCUGGGUGCAUCGAGCGUGGAUUUGAGAACGGCUUCAUGAACGUCCUCGAAGAUCCUGCGGCGCUCAACGCGUUGAAGGACGAGAAGGCUGAGCCCGCGGGGGCGCUUGCGGCCCUUGCCGCAAUGAACAUGAAGCAUCGAAGCGCAAACAUGAGCACAGCCGAGUCUGGCCGCAUUCGUGCAGACCGAAGCGGAUCCCAUCUUCAAUCCUGCUGGUCCGACUUGAAGAUCGAGAACUGUUGGCUGAAAGAGGACAUCAAAGACGUGAACAAAGAAAAUAAAGGCCAGCAGAGCACAUAA